ACCAUAGAGAGGCCACAGGACAGAGAGACGCCUGGGCUCAAAUUACUCGUGGCGGCUUCCCUUUUUGUUGACGGUUCCCGUUCUGUGCCGCUCUAGGUGCUUUCUGUCUAUAGGUUCUCUGCAGUGUAGGUAACUAAGGAGAGGAGAAGAAUCACGCCUGCUACGAUGAAGGUGUAGGGGGUGACGGAAGUCUUCAAAGCCAUGCCUCUCUCCACCCAAGAGCAAGCAGCCGAAGAGCAAUAUGUCUUGGCCACCAGCCUUGACAACGUCCGAAAUCUCUCUAAUAUCCUGAAAGCCAUUCAUUUUAAAGACCACGCUACCUGUUUUGCAACUACGAAUGGACUCAAGGUGACUGUGGAAAAUUCCAAGUGUCUUCAGGCAAAUGCUUUUAUUCAGGCAGGAAUUUUCCAAGAAUUUGUGGUGCAGGAAGAAUCUGUGAUGUUCAGAAUCAAUCUGUCUGUUCUCUUAGACUGCCUGACUAUCUUUGGUACAAGCUCCUUGCCAGGAACACAAACGGCCCUUCGGAUGUGCUACCGGGGGUAUGGUUAUCCCUUGGCACUGUUUCUGGAGGAAGGUGGUGUGGUAACAGUAUGUAAAAUCAACACUCAAGAGCCCGAAGAAAUACUUGAUUUUGAUUUCUGCAGCACCAACGUCGUGAACAAAAUUAUCUUGAAAUCGGAAGGGCUGCGAGAGGCAUUCUCUGAACUCGAUAUGACCAGCGAGGUGCUAGAGAUUAUAAUGUCUCCAGACAAGCCUUAUUUCAGGUAUUGGAUUUUUUCUCUCCAUUCUGGACUGGAAUAUUGUUGUGGAUAGGAAUAUUGUAACCAGUCUGAUAUGGUGUUCGGCCAUGUUAACCAAACUUUAACCAACCUUGUUUCUAGGUACAAGAUCUCGUUACUGAAGCCAUCUAUCAAAGCGCUCACUCUGUCCUGCAAAGUAUCUAUUCGGACAGAUAACAGGGGCUUCCUGUCGCUUCAGUACAUGAUCCGGAACGAGGACGGGCAGAUUUGCUUCGUGGAGUACUACUGCUGCCCUGAUGAGGAUGUGACUGAUGCGGAGAUGUAGCUGCAGGAUACAAACUGACCUCCCCCCUCCCCCAAUAUUUUUAACAAGCCGUCCGGACUAAAGAUUUGUAAAUGAAAGUUUUCAGAAAGGAAGACCAGGAUCUAUUUGGCAUUUGUUUAUUGUUUGAAAAUGAGAAAGUUCUGGUGCAGAGAUACCUGACCUGGAUCUUGUCAGAUCUCGGAAGCGAAGCAGGGUUGGACCUGGCUGGUAUUUGGGUGGGAG